AUGAUGGGUUUAUUGGCGAUUUUAGCCACGCCAAAUUGUUUCGGGAAUACUGAUCCUCGUGAUAUUUUUGCAAUAAAUAGUCUAUAUGCUGCCCUUGGCUUCCCUCCUCUUCCCGGAUGGUUACUUAGCGGAGGAGACCCGUGUUCUGAAGGUUGGCAAGGUGUUCAAUGUGUGAAUUCAAACAUAACUGGAAUAGUCCUUAAUGAUGCUAAUUUGGGAGGUGAAUUGAGUGAAAAUUUGGGAGCUUUUGUUUCGAUCAUACAAAUAGAUUUGAGCAAUAACCACAUUGGAGGUGGUAUCCCAGCAGAUUUACCGCUUACAUUAAAGACCUUCUUUCUUUCCGGAAACCAACUAACGGGAAGCAUACCGGACUCCUUGUCCAUGUUAGGCCAAUUGACAGACUUGUCUUUGAACAACAACCAUUUGAGCGGAAUCAUCCCGGAUUCCUUUCAACAACUUACAGCAUUGGUUAAUUUGGACUUGUCUGCCAACAAUAUAAGUGGCCCGUUGCCUCCUUCGAUGACCAACUUGUUAUCAAUUUCUACACUGCACUUGGAGGACAAUCAUCUUAUCGGGCUACUCACUGUCUUGCAAGAUCUUCCACUUAUUGAUUUGGAUAUCAAGAAUAAUCUUUUCUCUGGGCCAAUACCCCCGAAGUUGUUGAGUAUUCCGAAUUUCAGAAGCAAAGGAAACCCCUUUAAUACAACCAUUAUUCCUUUGCCACCAGUCUCGUCUCCUUCACCGUCAUCAACAUUUGAGACACAACCUCCUGAUAUACAGCCCGACAAUCAAGCACUUGGACCGUCUUCUCCAGUGCUAUCACAUUCUUCCAAUGAACAUAACUCUAUAUGGCAUAAUAAAGUGGUGUGGGUUGCCAUUGGCGGAUUCUUGGUUCUUAUUUUACUUGCACUCGGACUUUGCGUUCGUAUGUCAAGACGUCGGAAAGAAAAGUCGAGCAUCAAAGUUAGUGGUCAUGUGAAGAAUCCUAUGCUAAAUAAAGAGAAUGAAGCUUCAAAUGGAAGAAACGACUUAUUGCCGAGGUUCAACUCAAAACAAGAGAAAUUGGUAACGGUUUCUAAGCGUCCAACACCCCCUCUACCUCCCCAAUCUCUUGUUGGAGAAAGGGUAGUCGUAAAACCGGUGGCAAUCCCAACAACCACGGCCAAAAAUGCAAAUUUUCCUGGGGUUUUCUCGAUUGCAUCUCUUCAACAGUAUACAAAUAGCUUUUCUCAAGAAAAUCUCAUCGGUAGAGGCAUACUAGGGACAGUUUAUAGAGCCCGUCUUCCUAACGGAAAGCUAUUGGCCGUAAAGAAACUAGAGAAUGCAACUUUGAAGCAAUGGAGUGAUGAAGAUUUCAUGGGGUUGGUGUCAAAUGUCUCAAAACUUAGAAAUGAAAAUAUAGUUAGAGUCGAAGGUUAUUGUUCUGAACACGGACAAAGACUUUUUGUCUACGAACACUGUAAAAAUGGGACGUUACAUGAAGCCCUGCAUUUUGAUGACGAGAUUCAUGAGAAACUUUCGUGGAAUGCUCGUGUACGUUUGGCGCUUCAAGCCGCAAAAGCAUUGGAGUACUUGCACGAGGUUUGUAAACCGCUUGUUGUACACCAAAACUUCAAGUCCACGAAUAUUCUUCUUGACGACGAGCUUAAUGUCCGUGUUUCAGACUGUGGUUUGGCUCCACUAAUACCAUCGAGCUACGUUAGUCAGUUGCAAGGUUUGGGGUACGGUGCCCCGGAAUUGGAGUCGGGAAGUUAUACUUAUCAGAGUGAUGUUUAUAGCUUUGGAGUUGUCAUGUUAGAACUUCUCACGGGUCGAAAAGCUCUUGAUAGGUCAAGGUCUCGUGGGGAACAAUUUUUGGUAAGAUGGGCGGUUCCUCGGCUUCAUGACAUAGAAGCGUUAUCGAGAAUGGUUGAUCCUUCUCUCGAUGCCGCAUAUUCAUCCAAGUCUUUAUCUCGUUUUGCCGAUAUCAUUUCUCUUUGCGUUCAGGCGGAACCAGAGUUCAGACCACCGAUGUCCGAAAUCGUGCAGAAUCUUAUGCAUAUGAGCAAGAUAAACGAGUGAAACACGUGAUCGUGGUCGGUCGAUUUGCAGCAAAUUUCGGUCGAUUGGAAGGAUGUUUCUUCAGGUGCCAAAUUCUUCAUGGGACUUCUGCUAAUCUUUCUUGGAUAAUCUGGGAUUUUUGUCUGUUAUUAGUUAAAUUUGUUGGUUUUGUAAUGAAACCAUUAUA